GCACAAUGAUCCCUGAGCCAGACUGGAUUAGGAUGCCUCGCGACUAGGGGUCCAGAGACAGAGGCCUCCAGUUCCCAGGCACUUCGGGAAGAGGAGGCUGAAAUGAUGCAUCAGAUUUACAGCUGCAGUGACGAGAACAUAGAAGUUUUCACCACCGUGAUUCCUUCCAAGGUAUCCAGUCCAGCCAGAAGAAGAGCCAAAAGCUCUCAGCACCUCUUGACCAAGAAUGUGGUGAUCGAGUCGGACCUGUACACGCACCAGCCCCUGGAGCUGCUGCCCCACCGCGGAGACCGCAGGGACCCUGGCGACCGCCGCAGGUUUGGGCGGCUCCAGACCGCGCGGCCGCCCACAGCCCACCCGGCCAAAGCCUCUGCCAGACCCGUGGGGAUUUCUGAACCCAAAACAUCAAAUCUGUGUGGGAAUCGAGCAUAUGGAAAAUCUCUGAUACCGCCAGUGCCCCGGAUCUCAGUGAAAACUUCGGCCUCUGCCUCAUUGGAGGCGACAGCCAUGGGCACAGAGAAGGGAGCUGUUCUGAUGAGAGGAUCCAGACAUCUCAAGAAGAUGACUGAAGAGUAUCCAGCCCUUCCCCAAGGAGCGGAAGCCUCUCUACCACUGACGGGCAGUGCUUCCUGCGGCGUCCCCGGCAUCCUCCGGAAAAUGUGGACAAGGCACAAGAAGAAGUCUGAAUAUGUGGGAGCCACCAACAGCGCCUUUGAGGCCGACUAAAGGUGACCCUCUUCAAGUGCCGUGUGUUGGCCAAGGUUCCCCGGACAAGAGGAAAAACCUUCAGGAUUGAAACUGAGCCACACGCACCUCUGCUAGUAGCUGGUCCAAACCCAUUAUCCUCCCUCACUCAUUGAUUACCCUGGGAUAGGGCACAGGAAAGAAAUGUCCCUCGAAGGCAAUAUAAAACUGCCCCUUCUUAGAAUUGCUAAAGCGAUUGGUCUGAAAGUGACUUUGGG